AUGGAUCAUACAUCUGGCUUCAAUCCUUCGAACUCCUCACCUCCCGUGGAGCCAAACACAAGCAGUCAAUCCACCCCAAGGAACCCACAAUCACUGUUUGCCACAAACUUUGAGCCCCAACUCAACCAACAAUUCCAGUCUCAAUUCCCUCCAAAUUUCAACCCUUUCAACCCUUAUGGCUUCCCUCCAAAUUUCAACCCUUACAAUCUAGGUAAUCCAUAUGAAGGCAACUUCAACCUUUCUCCCAAUGGAGUGUUUGGAAGAGGAGCUGCAGUUGAAGGAGUUCGGUCUUCAUCACCAGUUGAGUCAAUGCCUUUUGUUCUUGGUGCUGGCAGCUCAAGUCCAGCCUCCCAAAUGUCUGUAGCACCACAAAUGAAUGAAGAUUUCAGCAAUCAAGAGUGGAGUGACAAUAGUGAAGGCGAAGAAAAGAAAGGAGGGCGUAUGAAUUGGACUGAAGAAGAAAAUUUGAAGCUAAUCAGUUCAUGGCUGCAUCAUUCCAAUGAUUCAGUUAAGGGGAAUUCACAGAAAGGUGAAAAUUUUUGGAAGAACAUAGUGGCAGAAUUCAAUAGCAAUGUCCCAGAAGAUCGAAGAAGAAAAGUUCCACAAUGCAAGACCCACUGGACAAAGACCAACAAGUUGGUGGUUCAUUUCAACGGGUGUUGGGUCAGAAUGAUGAGAGCUCGUGCUAGUGGAGAAUCUGAUGACCAAGUUAUGGCCAACGCACAUGCAGUUUACAAACGGGAAUCCAAAGGUAAUAAACCAUUCACAUUGGAUUACUGGUGGAGAGCAGUGAAGGAUCAACAAAAAUGGGCAAAAAGAAAAGAGAACCAAGACAUGACCUCAAGCAAGAGACUGAAGAACAAUGCAUCUGGGGCUUACACAUCUUCUUCCAACCAAGAGAGUGAGGAGGCAAGCCCAAGUGAGAAAUCUUGGCCGGAAGGGCAGAAGCAGGCAAAAGCUAGAAUGAAAGGCAAAGAGAAGAAGCUCACAUCAGAUUUGACUUUAGAAAGCCUCAAAAUUGAGAAGAUGAAAUUGUAUCAUGAAGCAACACAAGUGAAGGCAGCAGCGGUGGCAAAAGCAGCAGAUGCUACAGAAAAGAAGGCAACGGUUGAUCUCUUGAAUAAGUACAUUGAGAUGAAUACAAUGGACACCACAGGGUUCAGCGAUGCGCAAAUCAAACGCCACGAGAUAGCACUUAAUUAUUUACAAACAAAACUUAGCAAGAACAAUUAG